AUGAACCAGCCACCUAGUGGAGGCGGUGCUGCAACCUCCCCUCCUCGUUUGCUUCCUGAGGGCAGCAGCAGCCGAACUAAGCAGCAGCGUGCAUUCUCUCCGGGGAGACCCAAGGAGUCUCUUGUCCGCCAGCCUUUGCCAGCUGCCAAUUCAUCCCGCUUCACAACAGCAGCAGCUGCAGUUCCUGCCUCGAAAGCAAGCUCUACCCGGCAGCAGCUACUGCAGCAGACACCAACAGGACAGAAAACUAGCCGGGUCAAGGGUGAAGGAGACAAACUUCCCCCACAGGUUACGCCAACAAGCUCAGUGCUGUUGGGAGCUGUCCAUGCUGGGGAUGGUGCUGAAGAGCAGCCUGCCUCAUUCCUGGUCUCAGCGGGAGGGUGUCCCAGGUCAAAUCCAGGGCCUGCAGCCGAAGUAAGAGAGGCACCUCCCAAAGACACCGAGCUUACAGGUCCUAGAGCUGGAGAGCAACAGCUUGUAUCUGGAGGGAAGGGGGAAAGGGUGGGCAGUUUUGUGCUUUCGCAGUUGCCAUCCAAGAGCUGGAACAGGGGUAAAACAAACAAGCCUUCACAGAAGAGUUCAGGAGAGGCAACUUCAUCAUCUUCAUCUUCUUGUGGUUCAGGGAAAGGCCAGGUUCUCUCAGUGAACAAUGGCAACUACUGGAAAGAAGGAUGCUUGCAAAGUGAGCUCAUUCAGUUUCAUCUCAGGAAAGGGUUAUCAGCAACGCAGAUGCAGAACAAAGGUAACAACAAAGCUAAUGGCAAUGGGGGCAGUUUGCCCUCCUCAACAUCCAUAGUGCUGCCUGCAAAUGAAAGUAGCAAUGGCCUCAGUGGAACUAUGGAAGGCAAUGUGACCCAGGAAUCCCAGCUUCAGCAGCAGGAGCUGCAGGAAGAGAUGGAGAAACUGGAGGAGGAGAAUGAAAACCUCAAGAAUGAAAUAGAUGAACUUAGAACUGAAAUGGAUGAGAUGAGGGACAGUUUUUUUGAAGAGGAUGCUUGCCAGCUUCAGGAAGCGCGCCACGAAUUGGAGAGAGCUAACAAAAACUGUAGGAUCCUUCAGUAUCGUCUUCGAAAAGCAGAGCGGAAGAAGCUACGCUAUGCACAGACUGGAGAAAUUGAUGGAGAACUUCUCCGUAGUUUGGAACAGGAUUUAAAGGUUGCAAAAGAUGUUUCAGUAAGACUUCACCAUGAGUUGGAAAAUGUGGAAGAAAAACGCUCCACCACAGAAGAUGAAAACGAAAAGUUGAGGCAGCAGCUGAUAGAAGCUGAGAUUGCAAAACAUGCUUUUCAGAAUGAAUUUGACAAAAUAAAAGAGUCUAUGAAAAGAAGAGGAAGCAAAGAUUUGCAAAAAUCAGAAAAAAGGUCACAGCAGAUGUCUGCUGAGGAGGACAGUGAAGAUCUGAAAUGCCAGUUGCAAUUUGUCAAAGAAGAGGCUACUCUGAUGAGAAAAAAAUUAGCCAAAAUUGACAAGGAAAAGGACAGAUUUGAGCACGAUCUUCAGAAGUAUCGGUUAUUUUAUGGUGAUCUAGACAGUCCCUUACCCAAAGGGGAAGCAGGAGGUCCACCUAGCACAAGAGAAGCAGAACUCAAGCUCCGUCUGAGGUUAGUAGAGGAAGAAGCCAAUAUCCUUGGAAGGAAAAUCGUGGAACUGGAAGUGGAAAACAGAGGACUGAAAGCAGAGCUUGAUGACUUAAGAGGAGAUGAUUUCUCCGGGACAGCCAACCCCCUCUUGGGAGAACCGAAUGAAUCUGUCUCAGAGUUACGACAGCAUCUGCAGUUAGUUGAAGAUGAGACAGAACUAUUGAGGAGGAACUUAUCUGAUGCAGAAGAACAAAACAAACGUGUCACUGCAGAGCUGAACAAAUACAAAUACAAGACUGGAACUCACGAUAGUUCACGACACCAUGACAGCGCUAAGACGGAAAUGCUUCAGGAAGAAUUGAAGGCUACCCGCAUGCAAAUUAAUGAACUCAGUGGCAAAGUAAUGCAGCUCCAAUAUGAGAACAGGAUACUGUUGUCCAACAUGCAGCGCUAUGAUUUAGCCUCUCAUUUGGGGAUCCGAGAGAGUCCCAGGGACAGCGAUGCUGAAAGUGAGGCAGGGAAGAAAGAAAGUGAUGAGGAUUCCCGUCCCCCUCACCGCAAAAGAGAAGGGCCCAUUGGUGGAGAAAGUGACUCAGAGGAGGUCCGCAACAUCCGUUGCUUGACCCCUACAAGAUCCUUCUAUCCAACUCCGGUAGGUUGGCAGAAAAGCUUUAAUGAUCGGCAGCAAACCAAGGACAUCCGCUGUGAAGCCGAACGCCUGGGCAAAACUAUUGACCGAUUGAUUUCUGACACUAGCACGAUCAUAACUGAGGCAAGAAUUUAUGUGGCAAAUGGGGACCUUUUUGGACUUGUGGAUGACGAGGAUGAUGGAAGUAGGAUACGGGAGCACGAACUUCUUUAUCGGAUCAAUGCUCAGAUGAAGACCUUUAGGAAAGAGCUCCAAGCCUUCAUUGACAAGCUAGAAGUUCCAAAGCCUUCCGAUGAUCGAAGUACAGAUGAACCUUUGUCAGUGAGUCAGAUGUUCCAGCCUAUCAUUUUACUUAUUCUCAUCCUUGUCUUGUUUUCAUCCCUUUCUUACACAACAAUAUUUAAACUUGUCUUUCUUUUCACAUUGUUCUUUGUGCUGUAG